UCAAAUUUGUUAGAGAAAAAACAUAGACGAAUAUGAUAAUUUGAUUUUGCAUGUAGUUUCAUUCCUAAUUCUCAUGUCAAGUAGCACCAAAAGAUGCUUAGUACUAUUGGAAAAAUGCAAGAACAUGAAUCAUCUCAAACAAGCACAUGCACAAAUUUUCACUACAGGUCUUGAGAAUAAUACCUUUGCUCUAAGCAGAGUUUUAGCUUACUGUUCAUCACACAAACACCAUCAUGGAAGUCUAAUCUAUGCUUGUAGAGUCUUUGAACGAAUUCAGAACCCUACAGUUUGUAUAUACAACACAAUUAUCAAAGCUUUUCUUGUUAAUGAGAAGUUCAAAAGCGCCCUCCAUGUGUUUGUUAAAAUGCUUCAGAAUGGAUUGAGGCCUGAUAAUUAUACUAUACCUUAUGUAUUGAAGGUUUGUGUAGGACUUCAGGAUUUAUCUUUGGGGAAAAUGAUUCAUGGGUAUGGUUCUAAAUUGGGUAUUGUGUUUGAUAUCUAUGUGGGUAAUAGUUUGAUGAUGAUGUAUUGUGUGUUUGGGGAUGUUGUAGCUGCACGGUAUGUGUUCGAUGAAAUUCCUUGCUUAAGUGCAGUUUCUUGGAGUGUGAUGAUUUCGGGAUAUGCGAAAGUGGGUGAUGUUGAUUCAGCUAGGUUGUUCUUUGAUGAAGCUCCGGAGAAGGAUAAAGGGAUUUGGGGUGCUAUGAUUUCUGGUUAUGUGCAAAAUAGUUGCUUUAAAGAAAGUCUUUAUUUGUUUCGAUUGAUGCAGUUGACUGAUAUAGUACCUGAUGAAUCUAUAUAUGUGAGUGUUCUUUCUGCUUGUGCUCAUCUAGGUGCUUUGGAUGUUGGUGUUUGGGUCCAUCAACAUUUGAAUCGAUCAAAGCUAGUACCAUUAAGCGUUCGUUUGAGUACUAGUUUAUUGGAUAUGUAUGCCAAAUGUGGGGAUUUGGAAACGGCGAAAAGAUUAUUCAAUUCAAUACAAGAGAAAGACAUUGUAUGCUGGAAUGCUAUGAUUUCUGGUUUGGCAAUGCAUGGAGACGGAAAAGGUGCAAUCAAGCUGUUUUAUGAUAUGGAAAAAUUUGGGAUGAAACCUGAUGAUAUAACAUUCAUUGCUGUUUUCACUGCUUGUAGUUACUCAGGAAUGGCGCAUGAAGGUUUGAAGUUAUUGGAUAGAAUGUUAAGUGUUUACAACAUUGAGCCAAAAAGUGAACAUUAUGGUUGUUUAGUUGAUUUACUAAGUAGAGCAGGGCUUUUUGAAGAAGCUAUGGUUAUAAUAAGAAAAAUAACCAAUUCAUUGAAUGGCUCGGAAGAGACAUUGGCUUGGAGAGCAUUUUUGAGUGCAUGUUGUAAUCAUGGAGAAACUCAACUGGCUGAACUUGCUGCUGAAAAAGUGUUGCAUUUGGAUAAACACAUUCACAGUGGAGUUUAUGUUUUGCUUUCUAAUCUGUAUUCAACAUCUGGGAAACAUAGUGAUGCUAGAAGGGUGAGAGAUAUGAUGAAAAUCAAAGGAGCAAACAAGACACCAGGUUGUAGCUCAGUAGAGAUUGAUGGUGUUGUAAGCGAGUUCAUUGCAGGCGAAAAAACACAUCCACUAAUGGAAGAAAUUCACACAGUUUUGGAGACAAUGCAUAUGCAGUUAGACUAUAAUAAUCAAUAGAAAUUCAAGGUUUAAGUAACUUCUAUUAAAAUCAUUAUCCUGUUUAAUAAUUAGCUUGCUGGAGUCCCUUUUCCAAUAGGGAUUCAUCUUAGAUCUCAUGUAAAGCAUUAUCUUUUUUAUUUAAGAAUGUAAUCUAUCCUUUGUUUUUAUAAUACUCUCGACAUUUUUUACAUAU